UCUCAUCAGAAGAACCUUCACGCUGACCUGGUCUGGCUGGAACACUCCUCACCCCAGUGCAGUCGGGUCCCCAGGGGGCAGCCCACCCCAGCCCCCAGGAUGCCCAGCAGAACAGUCCGAUAUACCCGCUACAGCCCCCGGCAGCGGCGCCGGCGACUGCUGGCUGACCGAAGUGUGCGUUUCCCUAAUGAUGUCCUCUUCUUGGACCACAUCCGCCAGGGUGACCUGGAGCAGGUAGGGCGUUUUAUCCGGACUCGGAAAGUCUCCCUGGACACCAUCCACCCCUCAGGUCUAGCUGCUCUGCAUGAAGCAGUGCUCUCUGGAAACCUGGAGUGUGUAAAGUUGCUGGUCAAAUAUGGGGCUGACAUUCACCAGCGUGACGAGACGGGGUGGACACCUCUGCACAUGGCCUGCAGUGAUGGGUACCCCGACAUCGCCAGGUACCUCAUCUCUCUGGGGGCAGACAGAGAUGCAGCCAAUGACGAUGGUGACCUGCCCUCCGACCUCAUUGACCCGGACUUCAAGGACCUGGUGGAGCUCUUCAAAGGAACCAGGAUGGACUGAGUUGGAGCUGCACUCCAGGGCUCCUGCCUCCUGGAGAAGGGGCCUGCACCCUGUUCCAGGGAACAGGGCAUUCUUCAUUUGUGGCUCAGGGCUGCCACUGGGCUGGCCAGGACUUGUCCUCAGGCGCGACCCCUGUCCCCUACACCCAUGUCUCUGGCUUGGCUUAAUCACCAGGUGAAAUUAUUUUGUGGUGCUGGGGCUCAAACCAGAUCCGCACACGUGGUAGGCAAGUGCGCUGUCACCGAGCUGCGUCCCCAGCCCUCUAGGUGGAUUUUUUAUUGUGACACUUUGUACUUUUUCAAUAAACGUGAUUCCCAA